GUGAUGCCUCGCGAUAUUAUAAGCCACCUUCCUGAGGAUGUUAUCCAACUAAUUGCUGUCUAUUCCGACAUAGCAGAUGUGUUCGCUCUGAAACAGACGUGUCGCAGUCUCAACGGACUCACAGAGUCAGACUAUCUCUGGCAUCGGCUCUUUCCUCGUGAAGAGCUUCCUCUCGAUCUGCCUCCCUUUGUGGAUUUCAGAAAAAUCAGUGCAUACGAGCUUCGUGCCUCCGCUCUCCGGGCCCUCAAGUUGCGUAACAAUUGGUCCUGGAAACAUCCAAGAGUGCGCGAGAUUAAUAUCGUCGAUCUGAAUACAUCACCUUACGAUGGCGGCCUCGACGAGCUGAAACUACUGAAUGGCGGGUCUAUUCUCCUGGUCAUCCGCCGCGAUCGGCAUUCUCAAAGGCCAAUCAUGUUCGUCUCCGUCUUUAACCUGAUAAAUGCCAGGAGACCACAACUGGCCGCACAACUUUCGUUGUCCGCAUCUAUGAAGGACUUCGAUGCGUGUCUAGAUCCUGAGGGGACGAGGCUUAUACUUGCCGCUUCAGUUCAUAAAGUCGAUGCCGAAGCGCUUGAGGUAUAUUCCAUACCCCUGCCUCUUGAUACACCAUCAGUGUGUACUGGGGCCCAUGAGUUGGCUUAUAGCUUCGAACUUAUCGACGGGGGUCUCUUCCAUAAAGUUUCAAUACAUGGAGACUUCCUCGCGGGUUCCUUUAUUGAUCAGCCUUUCGUGGCAGGCGUCCAAUCUUCGCAUGUUCUGGUCGUCAAUUGGAAGACUCGCCAACAGAUUACCAUAACUCCCCCAGCUAUUUCUAGUUUCGACCAGUUGGAUAUUAAGGUACUUCCGCCUUAUCUCGGAAUUGUUGCGGCAUCCGUGGACAACUUUGACAACGCACAAGUAACCCUAGUUCCGCUGUCCGUUAUUGCGUAUGGCAGCGAGCUUGAAGAGCCGGAAAAGAGUGAAGCGAAGCAACGGACACUCCCACAGUUCCCGCACGCGAUUGCACCGAUAAUGGACUUCUACGAUAUUGUUAUAUCGGAUAACACGGGCUAUGGUCCUUAUGUGCCACCAACUUCCCUCUCGCUUAUAGUCUUCCCUACGCUAUCGCGGCUUGACGUACGACAGAGCAAAAAAGCACUUCACCUGCGGUUUUCUAUUAGCCAUGUGCCUGGUCCGAUUUCCACUAAUCCCGAAGCGGAUGCGCCCUCCGAGCCCUCCGAGGAAGUUCCUUGUACGUCGAUACAGUUGGAAAAGUCCGUGCCAUUCGAGAUCCCUGUCGGGUCAUACCCGGAGUAUCCGCAAGUCGGUGCAACUGGCCGACGGGGUGUUUGGCUCGAACAGUCCUUGAAAUCGGAUUACGUGCAGCUGUUACGUCUUGACUACGAUCCUACUACGAAUCAGGCACCUUCGGUAAGUGUACUGCUCCCGCCGCAACCGCAGUUUCCCUUCAAGUUGAGCUCGUGUCGUGCCCUUGCAUUUGAUGAAUCGACAGGAAGACUAUGCGUGGGACUUUAUAAUGGUUCUGUAUACAUUUUGGACUAUGUUUAAGUAUCUAUUGUCGAUUUGUCUUAUUCAAUAAGUCUCUCGGACUAUUUUUUAGCACUUGAUCCCGCGUUCCUGCUACCAGACUGCUCAGACUGUAGCAUUCUUGUCGAUACACG